UUGUCACCAUUAGGCAGAGGCGACGGGCAAUAUAUUUCUGGCACGGUACAUCGACCGAGCGUGCGAUAAGCCAAUUAAUUAGGUUGAUGCGUAAUAGUUUGCAAGUAUCAUCGAUUCGUAUCAAUCGGUUGAGUUUGUGCGGGAUCGCAGUUUGUGUUUAGGUUCGGGCUGCAGUAUAAAAAUCUCAUUUAUAUAGUGACGAUACAGAUCGAGUAACUCAGAGCGAAGAGAGAGAGAGAAAAGGAAAGAAGCGCAGUGAGAAAAACGCGAAGGGAAUAAGCAACGGGCGAACGAGAUGCCGAUUGAUUGUUACUACUUCCCGCCGAGUCCACCUUGUCGCACCGUUAUGUUACUCGCGAAAGCUUUAGGCGUCCAUUUUAACUACAAAAUCGUGAACGUCAUGAACGGGGACAAUAUGCAGCCGGAAUUUAUACAGAUGAAUCCGCAACACGUGAUACCAACUAUCGAUGAUAACGGCUUUGUUCUGUGGGAAAGUCGUCCAAUUAUGGCGUACUUGGUGAGCAAAUACGCGAAAAAUGAUUCUCUUUAUCCGAAAGAUCCGAAACAGAGGGCAAUGGUUGAUCAGAUGCUGUACUUCGAUGCCGGCCGUCUCUAUUACAAUAUGAUAAAAUGUUACGUUCCGGUAUUUCGGGGCCUGGCUAAUUCAAUUAACGAGACAGAUCUGGAACGAGUGGAAAAAUCAUUCGAGGUGCUGAACACUCUCCUCGAAGGUAAGGAAUUCGCGGCUGGCGAUAACCUGACUAUCGCCGAUUUCGCUAUCAGUACGACUAUCUGCACAGUGCUGGUAAAUUUUAAGAUGCCCAUCGAUCUUUACCUAGUUCUCGGAAGUGCCCCAUGCCGGGCUGUGCGUUUGACGGCGGCGGCCAUAGGGCUGCAUAUAAACUUGAAAUUUACCAAUCUUGAAGCCGGCGAACAUCUGAAACCCGAAUAUCUUAAGAUGAAUCCACAGCAUACAGUGCCUACACUAGAUGACAAUGGCUUAUACUUGUCGGAAAGUCGUGCUAUUAUGGCCUAUUUGGUCAAUCAAUAUGGCAAAGAUGAUUCUCUCUACCCGAAAGACCCUAAGAAACGAGCUUUGGUUGAUCAAAGGCUAUACUUCGACGCAGGAACUCUGUAUUCAUCGUUUGGUGAUUAUUACUAUACGUUGAUAUACAACGGCGUUACUUUGGAUCAAGCAGGAUACGAAAAGAUGAAUACCGCAUUGUCCUUCUUCGAUAAGUUUCUAGAAGGCGAAAAUUACGCAGCGGGAAAGACUCUAACUAUCGCUGACCUUACCUUGGUCGUAACGAUUGCUAAUUACAAGGUUGUAGAGCACGAUCUAAGUAAGUACAGCAACAUUUUGCGAUGGUUUGAUAAAGUACAAAAAGAAAUUCCUAAGUACAAUGAGCUCGAAGGCGCCGCUAUACAGGCAAUGAAAGAAUUCGCCGCUAGGAGGAAGAAGUGAUUUUUCAGCAAAAGCGUAACGCACACAGAAUGCACUGAUGCUAUUUUUAUAUAUUAUUGAUUUGCCAUGCAGUAUUUCGCAUAAUUUCAUCAGAUUUUAUACAAUUAAAAUGAUUAUUGAAUAGAUUAGUGUAGUAAUUAAUGUAGUUAAUUUGAAAAUAUGUAGUUUUAGAAAAAAUAAAUAAAUUACUA